AAGAAAAUCCAUGGUAGCCAAAGGCCUGUGGAGCAACAUGCCUAAGUUUUAUUGUGACUACUGUGAUACGUAUCUUACCCAUGAUUCUCCAUCUGUGAGGAAGACACCACACUGCAGAGGUUGGAAACACAAAGAGUAUGUGAAAGACUAUUAUCAGAAAUGGAUGGAAAAGCAGGUCCAGAGCCUGACUGACAAAACAAUGGCUGCAUUUCAACAAGGAAAGGCCCCUCCAGCUCCAUUCUCUGCUUCUCUUCAUGCCGGGUCCACGAACCUACGUCCCCACAGUCUCCCGGGUCCUCCUUAUCCUGGAAUGAUGCAUGCACCCCACAUGAGAGGCCCUCCCAUGAUGCCAAUGAUGCCCCCCACUGCUCCUGGGAUGAUGCCUGUAGGACCUGCUUCUGGAAUGAGACCACCCAUGGGUAGUCACAUACCCAUGAUGCCUGCGCCUCCAAUGAUGAGACCUCCUGCUUGUCCUAUGAUGGUGCCCACUCGGCCUGGCAUGGCUCGAGACAGAUAA